GUUUUAUGCCUCUUUCCCUUUCCACUAAAACCCUACCGCGCAGACCGACAUUGGGGCCUGAGUUUCCUCUCCCAUGAGGCUCCGUCAUCUCCACUUCUCUCUCUCAAAACCCCUUUUUCCAAGACCCAUUCCCGCCGUAUCCCUCUACAAUUCCACAAACCCCAUUUUUCAAAUCGCCAAUUUCUCCAACGCCCCAUUUCACCCCUCCCACGCCACCUCCUUCUCUUCCCGCCGGCACGCGGUGGAAAGCCGGCGUGUUAAGGUCUCGGUAUGGUGGGAUUUCGAGAAUUGCAACUUGCCGACUGGCUCCAACGUGUUUAGGGUGACCCAGGGCAUCACUGCCGCCAUUAGGGCUAAUGGGAUCAUGGGUCCUAUCCAAAUCACGGCUUUUGGAGAUGUAAUGCAGAUGUCGCGGGUUAACCAGGAGGCCCUUUCGUAUACGGGAAUCAGUUUCACUCACGUUCCUAAUGGUGGAAAGAACAGUGCUGAUAGGUCCCUUCUUGUGGCCCUUAUGUAUUGGGUUUCCCAAAAUCCCCCGCCAGCACACCUUUUCUUGAUUUCCGGAGAUAGAGAUUUCGCCGGUAUCCUGCACCGGCUAAGGAUGAACAAUUAUAACAUCUUGCUUGCUAGUCUAGAAUCUGUGCCCAGUGUUCUAAGCAGUGCUGCUAGUAUCAUGUGGCAAUGGAAUGCUCUAAUUAGAGGGGAGAACCUCACAGGAAGGCAUUUUAAUCAACCGCCAGACGGUCCCUAUGGUUCUUGGUAUGGCCAUUGUAAGUCACCUCUUGAAGACCCCUUUGUGGAUAUGGAACAGCCAGCUCUUUCCUGUACUCAGGAGCCAUCUAAUUCUAAUUCAGAUUUGAAACUUCGACCGAUACCAAAAGCGGUUCAGAAGCUUAUCCUUCAUAUCCUUUGCUCAAAACCCGCAGGAAUUUCAAGUAAAGAACUUCGCUCAGAACUGGAUAAAAGCAAUUUAAGUAUAGAUAAAGACUUGUAUGGGUAUAAGAAGUUUUCUUGUUUUCUUUUAGCCAUGCCACAUGUUUUGAAACUCCAAUCUGGAAAUGAUGGCCAGUUCUUAGUACGGGGUGUCUGCUCAAAGGCUUCUGAACAAAAUCAAUGAUGUUAAUGAAGAAAAAUCUAAUGGCUGUGAUACAUUUCUGGUAAAAAGACGUAUAUUGAGAAUGUGGAUGUGAGAUCAACAAGUCACUAUGAAGCCUGUGUAGUUUUGGAUAACUCAGGUUCGGAAGCUGGUGAAAAAAUUGCACAAAGUAAAACAAGGUUCUGAAACACGAGGUAUGGUCAAAAGUUUCAUUUUGAAAGGAUUUGGUGGAUGAUUUCCAGACAGGCAACAAUGGCAGCCGUGGCUUUCCUAUGGAAGAACGGAAGAUUAAAACCCAGAAUCAGUUGCAUCCAUAACAGCCUCAAAAUGAUGUUCACCACCUGCAUUUGGACCAGCAAAAAACAUGAAGAUUUCAAGAAAACAGACUGCCA